UAGUGUUCGAUAUCACUAUCCAUAACUAUCUACCAACACAUCAAAGUUAUAGUUUUUGGUUAUUCCUAUAGUUAUUGGCCUGGGGUUAAUCCAAACCUCAAUAACUCAGACAUGUCGCCUAUAAAUAAUGUCAAGUUAAAUCUAAUGUGUUCUGUCAGUGGAAAGUUCAGCAGUAAAAAUCUCUACGGCUUUAAUAAAUAGACAAAAAUAUCCCUCUACACGUAACUUUGAAGAGAUCUUUAUAGGGAGUUCUAUAUAGGGUGGGAUCUAAAAUGUCUCUCUACUCUUUUUAAGGCACUGUAUGUGGCCGGAAAUAACUUUCACAGCCCUUGGGUAUAAUAGUUUGGAUGUAAUUGUUUAAUAAUGCGCUUGACUGUAAUGUACACCCUAUGAUUUAUAAACCGAUUAGACUCGCAAAUGAGCGCACUUUAUAGUGGAUAGCAUGAGGUUUUGGAUAUAAUAUAAGAAGAGGUUUAUAUGCCUCCUCAUUUAAUCUGGUGUAACAUAAUAAAAUGACUACUGAAUGUUCCCGUGUCGCAGGCCUCUCCAGGAGCUGCCGUGUCUGAGUGAGAACCUCGAUGGCUCUCUGCUGUGCACGUCGCAGUCCAAACCGAAGAAAAGGCCGUGUGCAUAUGGAGACGGUCUGCACGCUGAAAACACUCCUCACGAGCUUAUCCAGAACUGGUCUCCUCCCCGUAAACAGCCGCGGCCCUGUGCCAAGGGCAAAGAGAACUGCUUUGUCCUCGCCAGACGCCCCAGGAGGAGCAGAGACACAGCAGGGGUUCUGUGUUGGGACACUCUCCCUGACGAGCUGCUGUUGGGGAUUUUCUCUUGUCUCUCACUGCAAGACCUUCUCAGGACAUCCCGCGUCUGCAAGCGCUGGCAUCGACUGGCGUUUGAUGAGUCACUGUGGAACAGCGCUGACUUGGUGGGAAAAGCACAACUGAACAGCGAGCUGGGUCAGGUGCUCACAGCGGGGGUGUCGAGGCUGCGCUGUCCACACUCAUGCAUCGGUGAACCCUGCUUUAAGAACACACAACUCCUGCGUGUCCAGCAUUUGGACCUGUCCAGCUGUACUGUGCAGACAUCUGUGCUGGAGGACAUCCUGUCGCGCUGCAGACGGCUGCAGAACCUCAGCAUGGAGGGACUCGUGCUUUCUGACGCCAUCUUCCGAUCUUUGAGUGAGAACACAGAGCUGGUGCGGCUGAACCUGUGCGGCUGUUCUGGUUUUUCUGCGGACUCUCUGACUGAGAUGCUUCAAUCCUGCACAAAGCUUGAGGAGCUGAACGUGUCGUGGUGUGUCUUCAGCAGUGAACAUGUUAAGGCUGUCGUCAACAACAUCCCGUCCACCGUCACUCAGUUAAACAUCAGCGGUUACAGACAAAGUUUUACCAUGGAUGAUGUAAAGGUUUUGGUGGAAAGAUGUCCGAAUCUCACGCAUUUAGAUUUGAGUGACAGUGUCCUUGUGACUACAGACAGUUUCCCCUUCCUGCAGAAGCUCUCCUCACUGAGACAUUUAGCACUGAGCCGCUGUUACCAGAUUCACCCAGCUGCUCUCGUAGAGUUUGAGAAGUUUGUGACUCUGCAGACCCUGGAGGUGUUUGGUCUAAUACAGGACAGCUCCCUGCCCAUCCUGAGUAAAGGGUUGCCACGGACACAGAUCAACACCCAGCCGUUCUCAGGCGUGGCCCGUCCCACUGCGGCCACGCGAAAAGACCGCACGCUGUGGGGAAUGCACUGUCGACUGGUGUAUAAACCCUAACCGGUGCUCCAGCACAGUUUAGCUAGGAGCGAAACAAAAGGUGCCUUUUUUUUUUUUUUUUAGGAUGUUUUAAAUAAUGAAUAGGUUUAAGUGAUAAUGUGGAAACCUUGUGAAGUCACUGUUGUCAUGGUGAUAUCAACUAGCAUGCUGUAUAAAUCGCUUCUCGCUUGUAGGAAACAGGAUCUUUCCUUGAUGUCAUACGUGCUGAUCAUGUAUGGACUGUAGAUGUGCAUCAACACUUUUGCACUUUCAACUGGUUUACAACUUGUUUCUGUGAGCAAAGAAUGUGAAUUGAUUUCACAUGCUUUUUGUUACCACUAGUGAUAACUACAGCUUUUUGCAAGGUAAAGGACCUCCAAUGCAAUGUUGGUUUUUAUUCCCUUUCAAGUUUUUAGGAAAAAGAUGUGAAAAACAACGAUUUUAGAUCUUUACAAAGCAUCAACCUAACUGUGAAUGACUUCUAGUGCUUUAACGUGUUAUUAUAAUGGUGUUUUGUUCAGUUCAGUAGUUUUAAACUAGAGGUGUUAUCAUGUAUUGUUUGUUCCAGAUCCUCAUUUUAAUAAAUUAGUGACUCAUAGGGAUGCACCCAUACAAUACAGAAAUCAGAAUUUUGAGUAAAGACUAAAAGGUACAGCUGGGUUUCUGAGUGGCACAGUGGUUGCACCCCAUCAUUAGGAGAUUGAGGGUUCAAACCUUGACAUUGUUGCAUCUGUGCUCAGGAGCCUGAGAGGGCAUAACUGGUCCUAUGAUUCAUUUGGGAGAUUUUUUUUUCUUAAAAAAAAAUCUGUUGACAUUAUUUUUUCAGCUAAUAAUGUUGAACUCUUAAUUCUGAUUGGUUAGGAUGGGUUUCUUUCUUUUUUUUGUUUAUUAAAUAAGAGCAGAUCUGAGAAUAGUGCUGGCUGUAACUCAAAUGUAUGAUUGAAACUCCACUUAAAUGGGUUAAAAACGAGGGUUGUUGACCUAUUGAAGUUUUCUCUGAGAUGUUUAAAAACUUUUUAUAGGCGUCUCAGUGUGUCCGUGUUUUUAUAACUGAGGGUAAAGUUGUACCUUGCAUUUUCUGCUAUAAAAAAAAAGAGUCUUGGGAAUACGAGUUUCCAGUUCAUCGGUAACAUGACAAGUUGCAUUUUGUGUUAUUUAAUGAGAGAGAGCGAGAGAGAGGCUGGUGAGAGUGACUGCUUAAAGCUGCUAUAACGAACCUGUUUUGCAUUCUUAACUUAAAAUGUAAUGAUAACUGGAUAAAGUAUAACCUGUCAUUCUCUGAAAUAAAAAUUGUAAUCAUUGGCACAUUGCCAUGAUAUGAGUGGAAUAAUACAUUGUGCUGUUAUUAGAAAAUAAAUCAACUGGAACACUGUCACAAAUUAUUUUCCAGGGUUUUAUUGAUUACUUACAAGAUGAUCAUUCUGAUCAUAACCAAGUUAUGAGUGUCAUUUAAGAGGAGUGUAUCCAGCAUGUAUUAAAUAUACAUCAGUGGAUAAGAUUGGAAAACAUGUCCAGUGUUUCAGUACUGAUCUUCUGUAUGAUUGGUGCAUCCCUGCUACAUGCUUAAUUGCUUUGUACACUGCGCACAGUUUUUGUUUGAGACCUUACAGCAUUAAAAUAAGUCUGCUGCAAUAAGUAGUGUUCAGUUCAUGUGGUAAAGCAACUAGCUUAUAAAAGAAAGUUACCAGUUCCUGGGCAAUUGUCUGUCCUGACAAUCACAAGUCUGCUCCCUGAUCCUCAGCUCAUGUCUUGACUUGGCUAAUCUGAAACACUGCUCCGUACUAUUACUAUUGAUAUAAGUACUAUUGAUCAGGUAAAAAAAAAAAAACUUUCCCCCUAAAAGUUGCUAUUUCGGGAAACCUGCUGCAAUAUAUUUAACUCACUUUGUGUGACAUUUCACUGAAAUAUUUUCUAUUCAUAACUUCUAAAUAAUUAGAAGAGUCAAGUCUACAAAACAGAUCUGCCAAAUGUUUCCUGGUUUAUUUCAAUUUGUUCUUAAAUUUGUAGCAGGCUUGUUUGUGACCAAAAAGUCUUGAAAUCAGUUGGUAUUUUCCACUGAUUAUGAACAUGAGGAAACUUGAAUCAGUUCUCUAUCGAGAAGUUGGAUAGACAUUGUAUUUUUAUGAAUAUUUACUUAUUUGUUUGGAUGUUCACUGAUUUUAAAUAAAAUAUUUUGCGCUAUAAUUUUGUUCUCUUUUCUAUAGUAAAAAUAUGAGGAAUAGUACUUGGUGUCAUUGUAAGUCCUUGAGGUUACCGAGUUGACAGUUUUAAAAACUGGCACACCUGUGGUCAUGAAACCAUGAGUUUGAAUAGCAUUAACACCACAGGCAGCUGUUAGCUGCACAGUUCCCCUGAAAGUAUUGGAACACAAGGUCAAUUCUACUCUUUUCACUAUACAUUUGGGUAUGAUCAGAAUAUCAGCUUCAAUUUCCUGAUACUUAUCUACAUGUGUUAAGCAAUGUAAAACAUGGC